AUAAAAUGUAGAUCAGCUGACCACCCAAUCUCUUAGUCCCACCACUAGUAAUGUACUCCCAACCAUAGACAUUUAAAAAUAUAAUUAUAUUCUUAUUAGGUAAAAUAUUUCCAAAAGAAGAAGAUGAGGAAGGUGAAAUGUUCAACCACUCAUGCCUUGCCGAUCUAAAAGAAGGGAAAGUAAGACUCAAUGAUAAUAAAAAACAAUAUAAUGAAAGACUGUCAGAACUACAAGCCCGCAACUCACUUUGUCCACCACAUUUAAGAAGUUGUUAUGCUGCAGAGACUAAUUUCUUGCCAAAUACCUCAUUAGUUACAGAAGAAGAUAUUAAGACAACCGCUAAUUAUAGUGAUUAUGAGACUGAAAACCUUAUCCCGAAUGAUCGUACCAAGAAAAAAGAUAGAAAUCAGACAUCCUAUAAGAAACCAGGACCACCAACUCCAAGCAAAAAUGGAGGUCGUGUUUCUUUAUCGAACAAUGCUAAAAACACUUUAAAAGAAUCUAAAGAAUCAAAUACUAAUAAAAGACGAGCUAGCAGUACUCCAAACAAAUUAUUUAGCUUAUUUAUGAGCAAAAAGAAUUAAUUUUAUAUAAUUUUUCAGGAUUUUGAAGUAUCUAACUGUUGCACAAUUAUUUUUAUGUUUAUAAAAUUUGUAUAUCUUAUUACA